UGCGUUGUCCUACCACGCUCACCGCCACGUCACCACCGCGCGCUCGCUAGCGCCGUCAACCUCUGCCUCAACAUGACACGCCGUUCUCGCGCAAGCCGACCGGUCAAGAAGCUCAAGACCUCGCAUCAUCAACGCGCGCCCGAGCGCGCAGCCGUCACCGGCGUCCUCUCGCUGCCGCCCGAGCUUUUGACCAUGAUCUGCGAGCUGGUCUCGGAUCGGGACCUGCUUGCGCUGACUUGCACCAACAGACUCCUUCGUGACCUUGCUGUACGUUCUCGUUGACGCUUCAGGCACUCGCCGCUGACACGAACAUCACAGCCUUCUGACUCGCUCAUGUGGCAACACCGGGGUGACAGAAGCAGCGAGAGGAGCAAGACAGACUUCCGCGCCGACACGACAAAGACCUAUCUGACGGCCAAAGAGCGCUGUCUCAUUCUCGGCUGCGUCCUGUGCUGGCAUUGCCAUGCUCGCAGAGCGGAUGAGAAGGACAGCAGAAGGGCCUACUGCCAGCCUUGCUGGCGCGGCCUUGGUCUCUCGGCGCAUCCAUUGAAACCCGUGUGCACUUCCGCAGGCGAAGCAAUGCUCACCUUUGGCCUCAAGCGAGCAGAAGUGGAGAGUCUGCCUCUCUACCGCGAGGUCGUCGAGUGGCUGCCCGAGUGGAGAUCCGUGUACGAUAGUGACCAUAUUUACUUCCGCGAUGGAGAUCCGUACCCAUUCUACGCAGGCCUCCGCUUCUUCGUGGCAACCUCAACGUACGACUGGUUUGCCAGACGCUACACCGUCUUGCCGACUGGUGUAAUUGUCCGCGCUGACUUCCGUAGCCGCGUCACAAGAGUAGAGCAUCCUGACGAAGCGCUAAGAGCGGCAAGGCAAGCGGGAUCCUUGGACUUGAUCUCCCGCUGGCGCGACUACUAUCGGCGUGAGGACCUGGUCGUCGUCUGGAAGGCCAAGGUACUUGAAGCGCAGCGAAAAUAGUCCCAGCGGCGGCGACGUGCUGCUGCGAAGGAGAGAGCUGCUGCCCCUCGACGGACCGCCGUCGUCCGCUCUAUGGUGAGGCAGUGGACAUGCGUGCGCGCCGUCUGGGCAAGGAGCACCU